CUAGGUUUCGCAAUCUAACGACGACGAUUUUGAUACGAAGGAACUCGAGCUCGAGGUUUGAUCCGCAUAUAUACACAUCAAAAUCGUUGAUCAAAAUGGACGAGCUAGAACGUCUAGAACACCUGUCCCUUGUAUCUAAAGUGUGUACAGAACUGGACAACCAUCUUGGACUAAAUGACAAAGAUCUCGCUGAAUUCAUCAUCAGUCUUGCUGACAAGCAUGACACCCUGGAAGACUUCAAGUCCGUUCUGGUGGAAAACGGGGCCGACUUCCCGGAGUCAUUCACCGGCAACCUGCUGCGUCUCAUCCAGCACAUGAAGCCCAAGAAGGUGCGGAGAGACGGGGAGGAUGAAGCAAGGCCAAACGACAAGAAGGACGAGAAGAGGCAGGCCUUCCCCGGGCUAUGUAUUCCUGAUAAACCAGCAGUCAGGGAAAUGUUGGAGGGAGACAAGCAAGUUGCAAUGGAUGCAAUGGACGAGUUAGAAGCUCUCAUGCCUAGAAAUUUAGCAGCACAAAUAAAACAAGAAGCUGGAGAUGAACCAGAGUCGAGGAAGUCUGGCAAGGAUGACAGCAGAGCUAGGAGUAGGAGCAGAAGCCCUGACCAUGACAAACCCCGCAAGCACAAAACUAAGCACAAAGAUAGAGAUAGGGACAGAGAAAGAGACAGAGAUAUGGACAGAGAUAGAGAUAGAGAUAGAGACAGAGACAGAGACAGAGAUAGAAAGAAGAGACGCUCUCGAUCCCGUAGCCGUGAUCGCGACAGGAGGCGUAGCAGGAGCCGCGAUCGCAGUCGCAGGCAUAGGAGCAGGAGCAGGAGCAGAGAGCGCAGCGACAAGCGGAAAUACCGUGAUCGGGACGAUGGUGGUAAAGAAGCGGAAGGCGGCGACUCCAGGAAGGAGAAGUACAAUGAUAAAUUUGUGGACAGACCGCCCUCGCUUGAGCCGGAGGUGGGGGAGGUUUACGAAGGGAAGGUUACGAGUGUGAUGCAGUAUGGUUGCUUUGUACAGCUCUCUCUCAGGAGAAGGUGUGAGGGCUUGGUGCAUAUAUCCGAGCUGAGGAAAGAAGGAAGGGUCGCUGAAGUCACUGAUGUCGUGUCAAAAGGUCAACAGGUCAAGGUCAAGGUACUCUCCAUCGCAGGAACCAAGAUUAGACUUUCCAUGAAAGAUGUUGAUCAGAAUUCAGGAGAGGACUUGAACCCAGCCAAAGCAAAGAAUGCCCCCGAGACGAACGAGGAAGAGGGCAUGAACCCGUGCCGACCUGCCGACCUGCCGCUGAUCAACCCUCCGGACUCUGAUGAUGUGGCCAUCAGGAAGAGGGUCCAGAGGGUCACUUCUCCUGAGAAGUGGGAACUCAAACAGAUGAUGGCGGCAAGUUGCAUAGACAAGGCCGACUUCCCCGACUUUGAUGAGACAACCGGUAUCCUUCCAAAGGAUGAGGAUAACUCAGAUGAGGAGAUUGAGAUUGAGCUGAGGGAGGAGGACCCGCCCUUCCUGAGAGGUCAUGGCAGACAGAGUGUUGACCUCAGUCCAGUCAGGAUUGUUAAGAAUCCUGAUGGAACCCUGUCCAAGGCUGCCAUGAUGCAGAGCGCCUUGGCCAAGGAGAGACGGGAGAUGAAACAAGCGACGGAGAGAGCAGAGGCUGAGAACAUCCCCACCGGAAUGAACAAGAACUGGAUUGAUCCCAUGCCUGAGAGUGAACGAACUCUCGUUGCCAACAUCCGUAAGACCGGUAUGACCAGUCAGGAGUUGCCGGAGUGGAAGAAAUCGGCCUUUGGUGGAAACAAGGCUUCCUACGGAAAGAAAACCAAGCUCUCCAUCGUGGAGCAGAGGCAGAGUCUGCCUAUUUAUAGACUCAAGAAGGAACUGGUGCAGGCUGUGGAUGAGAAUCAAAUCCUCAUCGUCAUUGGAGAGACCGGCAGUGGAAAGACCACCCAGAUUACCCAGUACAUCGCAGAGGCUGGCUACACUAUCCGGGGCAAGAUCGGAUGCACGCAGCCUCGUCGGGUGGCCGCCAUGUCCGUUGCCAAGAGGGUGUCUGAAGAGUUUGGGUGCAGACUUGGACAAGAGGUUGGUUACACCAUGCGUUUUGAAGACUGCACGUCACCGGAGACCAAAGUCAAGUACAUGACGGACGGUAUGCUGCUGAGGGAGUGUCUGAUAGACCCAGACCUGACCCAGUACUCGGUCCUGAUGUUGGACGAGGCCCACGAGAGGACCAUCCAUACCGACGUUCUCUUUGGACUACUGAAGAAGGCCGUCAAGAAGAGACCCGACGUCAAGCUAAUCGUGACCUCGGCCACGCUCGAUGCCGUCAAGUUCUCAGCGUAUUUCUUCGAAGCUCCCAUUUUCACUAUUCCUGGCCGCACAUUCCCUGUGGAGAUUCUCUACACCAAGGACCCUGAGACUGACUAUCUGGAUGCUUCCCUCAUUACCGUCAUGCAAAUACAUCUUACAGAACCUCCAGGUGACAUUCUUCUCUUCUUGACCGGUCAGGAGGAGAUCGACACGGCCUGUGAGAUCCUUUUUGAGAGGAUGAAAUCACUUGGUCCAGAGGUACCUGAUCUACUUAUUCUACCCGUCUACUCCGCCCUUCCCAGCGAGAUGCAGACAAGGAUCUUUGAUCCAGCCCCUCCUGGUAGUAGGAAGGUCGUGAUUGCCACUAACAUUGCUGAAACCUCCCUGACCAUCGACGGUAUCUACUACGUGGUGGACCCUGGUUUUGUCAAGCAGAAGGUGUACAACUCCAAGACGGGCAUGGACCAGCUGGUCGUAACCCCCAUCUCCCAGGCUCAGGCCAAGCAGAGGGCAGGGAGGGCCGGCAGGACCGGUCCUGGCAAGACCUACCGCCUCUACACCGAGCGUGCCUAUCGAGACGAGAUGCUCCCCACGGCGGUGCCGGAGAUCCAGCGCACCAACCUGGCUAGUACCCUUCUGUCACUGAAAGCCAUGGGCAUCAACGACCUUCUGGCGUUUGACUUCAUGGAUGCCCCGCCCACGGAGACGUUGAUCACUGCCAUGGAGCAGCUCCAUUCGCUGAGUGCGUUGGACGAUGAAGGACUGCUCACCAAACUGGGAAGAAGGAUGGCCGAGUUUCCUCUAGAGCCCAUGCUGUCCAAGGUUCUCAUCAUGUCCGUUCAUCUGGGUUGCAGCGAAGAGACCCUCACUGUGGUAUCCAUGCUCUCUGUGCAGAACGUCUUCUAUAGACCAAAGGACAAGCAAGGUCUAGCAGACCAACGCAAGGCCAAGUUCCACCAGCCAGAGGGAGAUCAUCUGACCCUGCUGGCCGUCUAUAACUCCUGGAAGAACAACAAGUUCUCCAACCCUUGGUGCUUUGAGAACUUUGUCCAGGCUCGUACCCUGCGCAGGGCUCAGGAUGUCCGCAAACAGCUCCUGGGAAUUAUGGACAGGCACAAGUUAGAUGUGGUGACUUGUGGAAAGAACACAGCUAGGGUUCAGAAGGCUAUCUGCAGCGGUUUCUUCAGGAAUGCUGCUAAGAAGGAUCCUCAAGAGGGAUAUAGGACUCUUGUUGACGGUCAGGUCGUCUAUGUCCAUCCUUCAAGUGCUCUCUUCAACAGACAACCAGAUUGGGUGAUAUAUCAUGAGCUUGUGCUGACAACCAAGGAAUACAUGAGGGAAUGCACCACGGUCGAUCCGAAGUGGUUUGUGGAACUCGCCGCUUCCUUCUUCCGCUUCUCCGACCCGACCCGUCUGAGCAAGGCCAAGAAGCAGCAGCGUCUUGAGCCCCUCUACAACAAGUACGAGGAGCCCAACGCAUGGAGAAUCUCCAGGCAGAGAUUGCGCAGAAACUGAGCAGGGUAGUGUGUUACCUGCCUUGGGGGUCUGGCCAUUGUCGGUCAAGAACUUGCAUGAAAAUGUACAGGUGGGACUGAGGUAAUCUGCCAUCCGUUAUUGGACUAUAAAGAACCACAUCUAAAACCUCUAAAUAACAGAUAUGAGGUGCAUUAGGGCCUCAGUGUCUGGGCCUCUCUACAACAAUCUUAGAAACUGCACAUGGUAGUUUGUCUGUGAAUAAGAGUGUGGUUUGCCUUCGGGAUAUGGCAGAUAUUCAUCAUGGACUCUCUUAAAAAUGAAUACCGGUAGGUGGAAUUGAAGUUAUCCACAAGCAGUCCUUAAAGGACACAGAACGUGUCUUGGAGUCCAUGCAGGGAGAGUAUCCGGGCAAAGAAACAGAGCAGGGUAGUGUGUUGCUCGCCUUAGGGAUAUGGCUUCUAUUGGUCAUGAACUUUCAUGAAAAUGAACAGAUGGGACUGAGCAAUCUUGAAGCAUUCUUCAAACUGCCGACCCCCCCCAAAAAAAAAAAAAAAAAAAAAAA